AUGAAGGAAAUAAGGUUAAAUGAUUUACCCGGCUUGUGUUGCAGUUUUUUGGUGGUGAACGCAGGUGCCGGAAUGGCGGAUCAAGAGAAGGGGAGCUGGAGGGCUUGGAAGCAGCCGAAAAGAGCCGACCUGGCGGAGCGGGAGGAGCCGGGCCUGCUUGUGAGCCAGCAGCUGACAGAGGCGAACAAGUUCGCCUAUGCCGCGCUCUGUGGGGUGACCCUGGCCUGGUUGUUUCCUGAACCGGAACAAAGCUCCUUUCGGGAGGAGUUCGUCAGAGGGCUGGUGAAAUGGCUCCAAUUGUCAGAUGCAGUCUUGCCUGCCAUGAUGGCUUUUGCCAAUGGUCUGGGAGGAGAAGGAGGAGAAACAUUUGCUCAGAUGUUACUGAAGGACCCAAUCUUGCAAGAUGAUUCCCUGAUUAUCAUUCAAGACCUUGUGGCCUUCUCUCUGAAGGAUGGUUCCUACGAUGCCCGAGCCAGGGUCCUCAUCAGUCACAUCACUUUGCUGCUGAGAAUCCCCUCAGAGGAGCUGGAGAUCUUAGAGGAAACACUGCUAGAAAGCCUGAAGGAAAAGAAAGAAGAAGAGUCUGAAAUGGCAGAGGCCGCCCGGAAAAAGAAAGAAAAGCGGAAGAGAUUGAAGCGCUAUCUGUUGAUUGGUUUGGCGACAGUAGGAGGUGGGACAGUAAUAGGCCUGACUGGGGGGCUGGCUGCCCCUCUGGUUGCUGCAGGAGCCGCAACGGUGAUUGGCAGUGCUGGAGCGGCGGCUCUGGGCUCCGUGGCUGGGAUUGCCGUCAUGGCCUCGCUCUUCGGGGCCGCCGGAGCUGGUCUCACAGGGUACAAGAUGAAGAAACGCGUGGGAGCCAUUGAGGAGUUUGAAUUUUUGCCCUUAACCGAAGGGAGACAUUUGCACAUCACCAUUGCGGUCACUGGAUGGCUGUGUACUGGCAAAUAUGGUAGCUUCGCGGCCCCCUGGACUAGCAUGAGCAGGAGCAGGGAGCAGUACUGCCUCGCUUGGGAGUCCAAAUACUUGAUGGAGCUGGGCAAUGCCCUAGUAUCCCUGAUGAACGGCCUUGUGAACCUAGUGGCUCAGGAAGCCCUGAAAUACACCGUGUUAUCAGGCAUUGUGACCGCUUUAACUUGGCCGGCUUCACUCCUUACCAUCUCCAAUGUCAUCGACAACCCCUGGGGCGUGUGUCUCCACCGUUCAGCUGAAGUGGGCAAACACCUGGCCCAGAUUCUGCUCAGCCGACAGCAGGGCAGACGGCCCGUCACGUUGAUUGGCUUCAGCUUGGGGGCCAGAGUCAUUUACUUCUGCCUUCAGGAGAUGGCUCGAGAGAAAGAUUGCCAGGGGAUCAUAGAAGACAUCGUCCUGCUCGGGGCUCCAGUGGAGGGAGAAGCCAAACACUGGGAGCCAUUUACGAAGGUGGUGUCGGGCAAGAUCAUCAACGGCUAUUGCAGGGGAGACUGGCUUCUGAGUUUUGUGUACCGGACCUCCUCCGUGCAAUUUAACGUGGCCGGCCUGCAGCCCGUCAACCUGAAUGACCGGAGGAUGGUUAACGUGGACCUGUCAUCCGUGGUCAGCGGCCACCUGGAUUACAUGAGGCAGAUGGACACCAUCCUGAAGGCUGUGGGGAUCCAAAUCAAGGGGAGUCACCAGGGAGAUAUGGGCCUCUCCCUCUCCCAGAGCAGCCAACCCAAGGAAGAGAAGCUUUGGGAAGAAGAGGCCACCACCAGCUCGGAGAAAGUCAAUCCCAGUGAUCUCUUGUCCCAGGAUCCCAACAACGACCACCAGGAUUCCCCAGGGGACGGUGGCCCGUGGCCUGACUCAGAUGGGCCUCCCGCCUCCUCAGAGUCCAACCAAGCCCAGAGCCCAACAGGGUCCAGCAGCCCCCCAGGACCCAAGAGCCCCCCAGAGCCCAGCCCUUCGGCUGUCCCUAGGACCUGUAGUCCAUUCCCCCUGGGCCGCCCCAAGAAUGACGAUGAGAACAAGGAGCAGACCCCCAGCCCUGGACUCAACUGACCCCAAGGACGGUCAGGAACCAACAUAUCUCCCUGCCGGUCAUCACUGGCCCCUCAAUUUCCUGUUGCAACCCUGGCAGAGUUGGGCAAAUGGUGAUGGUUUUAAGUGGGUACCUGCACUUGGGUGUUGGGAAAAGCCAUGGGUGUCCCCUAUUACUUGGAUGCUGUCUGGCCGGAAAAUGCUGAGAUGUUCCCAGGAGAGAAGAUCAAGGCUCCUUCUGCCCCUGGGGAACUUGACUCACAUCCCCGUUUCCUCCUGUUCCUUCCCCUUGAAAUAAGAAUACCCCAUCAGCAGCCCAGGCUGGCACCUAAUGCCAUCUUUGAGCAUCAGAGAGAUGGAGAUUUGGCCCAGAGGACUCCUAGCCAUAUCCUCUGUGCUAAUGAACUGUUGGACAUUACCUUUCAGAGCUCUAAUAUUCUGACCUACCAGAGCUUUAAUAUUCCAACCUAUAAUAUAUGUAUAAUAUAAUAAUAUACCAUCUGACUAACUGGUUUAGGGUAAAGAUUUCCCAGGAGACUGGAGGGACAAGGCAAACCCACCACUCACCACCCUGGGGGAGGGUUCCCUCUGGACAGGAUUUCAGCCCAUUCGUCUGUGGCAGUGUUGUACUUAAAGGUAAUUUUCCCUUAGCUGGAACUGGGCACGAGCAUGGAUUAUUAACGGGGUUUCCUUGUUUGUAGAGGGAGCUGUUAAAACCUCCUCUAUGCCUUCCCACUAUUUUAAACAAUUAAGCAUCAUCUGGACACCAUCAGAGCUUAAACUUUCUUCUUUCUGGGCACCGGGCAAAGUUUUUCUCUUUCACACCCUGGCUCUUCCUCGGUAGACAUUAUUAUUCAUUUUCACUCUGCUCUCAGGCCCAUUAGAGUCACCAUCAGGGUUAUAAAGUUCUCUGUCUGUGCCUACCAAGAGAAAACGGGAUGAUUUGGCAGCACCGAACCCCACAGCUCCUUUGAUUUCCCAGGGCUGGAGAGUCGAAGUGGGGGUGACAGAGGGCCCCUCUUCCUCCAACCCCCCUCUGUCUUCUGCAUUAAGUGGGAAACCAGUGCUGCUCCUCGAUAGCCACAUGCAAAGGUUUGUUGGAGGGGAGAGAUCGAAGUUCUUAGUAGCAGAUUUGAGGAUUAUUCACCCCCAUGAGCAUGGGUAAUUGAGACUUGGCUUAGAGAAUGUAAGUGGAAUCUCAGCACCUUUCCCCUGGGAAUGGAGGCCCAUCUAAGGCCCUUCCCUGGAAAGUGCACUUUGGGAGCAAGGUGAGUGUGUAAAUCACCGUCUCCAAGCAUCCCAGGGGAUUGCCUCCGUCAUUCUCCUCCGUGGCUUGUGACUGGCAGCCAUCUUUCCUGCCUCUGCGCUCUUCUGAGCCUUCCGGGUGUCUUCUGGUGCCUUCCUCUAUCGUCUUCCAAACGGCCUUAUCCAAGAUCCGGUCCACCCCCUCCCCACCAAGUGUCACCCACAUUGACAGUGGCCAUUGGAGCUGUUACCCAACCCCCUGCCUGGCCACCAGCCCGUAGUUCCCUGCUGGAGACCCUCUGGAUAAUCCAAUCCAUGGACAUCAGAACCCCUAUCCUGGGACCGGGGUUCCGAUAGAUCAGCUUUAGUAACCACAGUGAAGUCUUAUUUAUGUUGCAGCAGGAAGUUUCAUGCUCCUGUUUGAUGGCUAUUAACCUGUCUAAAAUAAACCCUGUUUGAAUACCCAGAA